UUGAUAAACACAAGUUUGAUGGACAUCAGAAUGGACAUCAGAAUGGGGAUAGUUCUGAUAGUUCUGAUCAUAUCUUCCAUCUGGUGUAGCUGUCAAGUGAUACUUUCUGUGAAUGUGUUGAGCGGGGAAGUAUUACGAAUCAGUCCUAAUUCUAGUUUUUCAUGGAGCGUUCUUACACUGGACGGAGACAAUAUCAUUGCCGUGUCUAGCAGUCCAGUAGAUGUACCCCAUAUCAAGUACGGUUAUCUUAUUGAUAAAGAAAGUAAAAAUGCUGCAUGGAGUCGGUUAAACGUAGCAAGCCCCACAGAUGAAUGUCCUAAGAAGGUUAAAUCUUUGCUCUCAUCUCUUCGGUUCAGUAUAAUGAAGAUUCCGAUCAGGGAUGUUUCUGAUAGCCCAACAAAAGGUGCCACCAAUCCUAUUGAAGCUAUAUUUGUGUCUUCCAAAACUAAAAGAAAUGAUGCACUUAACCCGUUAAUUGUAUUCUUUCAUGGAGGCCCACAUAUUGUUUCAUUGUCAAGCUUUUCAAAGUCCUUAGCAUUUCUCUCUUCGAUUGGUUUCAGCUUGUUAAUUGUAAAUUACAGGAAAGUUGUAGGUUCACUGGGGUUUGGUGAAGAAGCACUUCAGUCUCUUCCCGGAAAAAUUGGGUCCCAGGACUUGAAGGAUGUACUGGCGGCUGUAGACCAUGUCAUUGACGUGGGGCUUGCCAGUCCGUCAAAAGUUGCAGUUCUUGGUGGUUCUCACGGUGGCUUUCUCACAACCCACUUGAUUGGCCAGGAACCAGAGAAGUUUGUUGUGGCAGCAACAAGGAAUCCUGCUUGCAACCUCGCGCUAAUGGUGGGUACAACAGACAUUCCCGAUUGGUGCUAUGUUGAGGCCUACGGGAGUGAGGGUAAAAACAGCUUCACAGAAGCGCCGUCAGCUGAGCAUCUGACUCUCUUUCACAGAAUGUCUCCUAUUUCACAUGUCUCAAAGGUCAAAACACCCACCCUCUUUCUUUUGGGUGCUCAGGAUAUUCGUCUUCCGAUUUCUAUUGGUUGCAAUAUUCUCGCGCUCUGAAGGAAAAAGGAGUUCCUGUCAAAGUCAUUGUGUUUCCUCACGAUAAUCAUGCAAUUGACAGGCCACAAUCCGACUUUGAGAGCUUUCUUAACAUUGGUGUCUGGUUUAAGAAAUAUUUAUCGUAAAUGAGCAGGCAUUUCUCCGCUGCUUUUACUGCAGCAAUUUGACCGCCAUUUCACACAAGCUGUUCAGCAACAUAUCACACUUGAUCAUCGAACUGAACCUAUACAUAUUUUCAUUUGCAUCAAUUCCCACUACCACAAGUAA